GACGUCAGCGAUGUCAGAGGAGAAAGGCAACAGGAGGCCACUUCAUUAUUUGCACUGCAGAAGGCAGAUCAGCCCAACCAGAGCAGAUACAGCAUAACUGAGCUGACCUCCAUGGCAAUGGCAUAUAACAAAUUCUUCACCACUCUCCUAUUUGUUCUUUUCAACCUGACUGUGGCUCUCACUGACAGCACAGUGUCUUGCUAUAGGAUUGAGCCAGGAACUAUAGCAGGCAUUAUCUGUGCAGAUGUGUUGCUGACCCUUAUUAUUGUCAUCGUCACCUACCGAUGUGCCAGUUUUCGGCGUCAGAAGAUUGAUAAUGCUAACAAAGUGUACAUGAAUGUCCGAGCCAACUGCAAAAACUGAAAGGAUGGUGCCCUGCACGAAAACACUUUCAACUCUUGUAUAAAACUGUGUUCACUUUUUUUUUAAAUCCUGUUUGAAAACUAAGAAUAGAAAAAUAUCAUUAAUUGUUACUUUUUUUAAUAAACAUAAGCACAUUGUUUUGCACAUUUUACAUUUCUGCUUGGCUUAUGAGGCUCACAGUAGACAAGUCUGGUAGUUCCUGUUAACAGUAACUGUUAGAAUCCCGUAAACAGGAUUUCGUCAAUGUGGACUAUGAUUUUAAAUAUAUUACAAAAUUGAAUAAGAUGUGCAUCAGUUUGUUUCCUAGAGACUAGAGAAAUUUUUUUUGGCAUGAUUUUGCCCUAAUCAGCCCACAAAGUACUGAUAAUUUUGAUUUCCACUGACUACUGUACCAUAUAGCAUUUUGGUCACAACAAAUUACACAGUCUCUGUAAAGGUUUUUAACUUGAAUAUUUCCUUUAUCAAGACUGGAUGUGUGAUUUAAGUGUUUCCUUAACAUUUUUGAGCAGUGUAUUUUAAUGUUAACCACAUGCAAUUUUGACAUUGAAUGUAACUGAACAAUGCAGCACCCUCUGCAGUUGGAUAUUGGUAGCAAAAUGAAUUGAUCACUUAAUUGACCAGGACCUGGAGAUGUUAUGUAAAUAUUUAUAUUAUAAAGUGCUAGAAAUAUAUGAACCAAAGCACAGAUCUAAUGGUUGUUGUUGUUUUAUAAUCCAUAAACCCUGUCAAACUACCCAUUUGACUGUGUAUAAAACGUUAUGUUAUGAAAAUGUACGUUUCAGCUUCAGUACAUUAAUAAAACAAACACUUUGGUGUCA